AUGCAGCCCGUGGUCGCGGACAAGGCGCCGGAGCCCGAGCUGGAGUGGGAGAGGGUCCCGAGCCCUGCGCUCGCCGCCGCCCGCCGUGACGUCAGCGCCCUCGAGCGCGAGCACGUGCGCGCGCACCUGCGGCCCCGGAGGCUGCAGGAGAUGGGGCGCCUGCUGCACGCGGUCCACAGGGCCGAGCCAGAGGAGCGGGUGGGGAAGCUGUGCGAGAAGGUGGAGAAGAAGGCUGUGGAGGCCGCGCUGGUGGGGAAGCGCACCGUGGAGACCCACCAGCAGAUCGGCAGCCACGAGUGUCGCUGA